AUGGAUGAGGGAUACGAUCCUGAGUACCUGGCAGUGGAGAAAGCGCUGGGAUUCCGACCGGGGUUGAGCGGUACUACUGAAGAAAAAGCGGCACAGUACAAUCAGAUUGUCAAUGGCCUUGCUGCUCAAUGGCCGAAGGAAGAGUCGGUAGAAACUCGAGAAGAGACGAUUGACCAAAACGUAAAGGCCCGAAUCUACACACCAAAGGAUGCUGGCGAUUCCAGGCUGCCAGUAGCCGUCUUCUAUCACGGUGGAGGAUGGAUUUCCGGCACCCUGGACAGCGAGGAUCCGCACUGUCGCAUAGUUGCACGUGACACUCCUUGUGUGGUGGUCUCCAUAGAGUACCGGUUGGCACCUUAUCACCCAAUGCCAGCCCCGAUUGAUGAUUGUGUGAUCGGGUUUGAAUGGGCAUUUGAGUUUGCAGACAAAAUCCACGGCGACCGCGACAAAUACUUCACCUGGGGGGGCUCGGCGGGCGGUCAGCUUGCUUUGGCAGUAGUUAACCGUCUUGUUGCAUCCGGCAGACGCUCUCAAGUCCAAGGCUGUAUUGCUGUGAACCCGAUCACUUGCCAUCCGGACAACUGUCCGGGGCAGUACAAGAACAUAUACACAUCAUAUAAGGAAAAUGGCGUCGGCGUGCCCAUUGUGAACGCUUCUGACGUGAGGGAUGCUCUCGCGGCUGCGGCCUCAAAGCCGGAUGAUACGGGUACCUUUCCAGCCCUCAGUCCCCAUUUGAGAGACUUCCCACCGGUCUGGAUCGCCACCUGUGGGAAGGAUUGCUUGCGUGAUGAUGGAGUAGUCAUGGUGAAAUUGCUUGAGGAUGCGGGUGUCAAGGUUAAGCGAGUUCAUUAUGAUGGCUUCCCUCAUUACUUCCACGUGCUUCCUAUGAUUAAUAAGAGUCAGGUACUGCUGCAGGAUAUCGUAGAUGGUGUACGGUUUGUGUUGGGUUAG